AUGAAUCAAAAUAAUCAAAUGGAAUUACCACAGAUGAAAUCCAUCUGGCUAGAUGAAGAUGAAGAAGUCGAGAAACUAUAUGGUGGAUUACAAGCUCAAAAGUUCCUUGCUGAUGAAAAUGAUGAAGAUAAUUUAGACAUUAUGGUUCUAAAUAGUGAUAAACCUGUCCUAGACAACAAGCGUUUCAAAAAUAUUCCAAUUAAUCCACAAUUCAACAUUACCAACACCAUCACCACAACAUCUACAUCCUCGGGUAAUUCAAAGAAGAAACAGAAGAAAAAACUUUUCCAACUAUUUGGUAAAAGUAAUAAUAAUAAUACUCAAUCAAAUAAUACUAUAUCAUUGAAAUCUAUCUCUUCACCAUUUGCCUUCCAACAUAUCUCUCACGCUGGGGAAAAAUCAGAAACUAAAAAUUUAAGAUCGAAAAGUAAUACCAGUAAUAACAAUAUGACAAUACAAGAAGAACCUCAACAGGUACAAAUACAUAAUUUACCUAUUUUCCAACAAAAUUUGACUGUACCUCCACGUCCAAUUUCAACUAGUACCGCUACAACUAGUUCAUCGAUGUACUCUAACAAUACUAUUGCCACGGGAAGAAUCUUAUCAAUGUCAACAAUGGCUACCACAUUCUUAGAAAAGACACCAUCUUCAAAUAAAUUAAAUCAUUAUUCUCAACAAUUAAACAAUAUGCCAAUGGAUCCCAAUCAUCAUUCACGUAACAAAUCAGACACUAGUGAUAUGUCCAUAGAUUUCUUGAAAAAUUAUUCAUUCCCAACUUUAUUAGAAGACAAGCCAAUAGUAAAUUUCGAACCAUCCAAGGAAGAAUUAGAAGAUCGCACUAACAAUAACAAUAAUAAAAAUAAUAAUAAUAAUAUAGCACCCAAUUCGAGCCUCAAUAGAAAAUCUGCAACAAUGAAAAACAUAAGAAUUUCCUCAUCCCCACACUUAUUAGUAUCUACACCUGAAUUAGAGGAUAAAUUGUUUACUGAAUCUGACAUAAGAUCAAUUAAAAAUCAUAAUAGAAGAAUCUCUGUCGAUGAUAUUCUUCGAUACUAUAACCAGUCAGGAAGUGAUGCUAGUUCCCCGAUCUUAUACGGCUAUGAAUAA